AUGCAUUGCGGAAUUAAUAUCACAAUUUUUUGUGCACCAGAUAACACUAAUAAUAAUUCUGGUCGAAGUGAAAUACUUGAUCCAUUAUAUGAAGUGCUAUUAUAUCAGAAGAAAGAUAUAAUAGCUAUUCAGAAAAAACUUGGUACAAAUAGUAAGGCAAAUCAAACAGCAGUGCAUCAAAGCAAUAAAGCAAAAACACUUCCUGAUUUAUAUGAGUUAUUCAAUAAAACUCAUGAAGCUUCUAUGGAUAUUUCAAUUGGGGAAAUAUAUAAUUUGCUUGUUUGUUUAGAAGAGGAUAUAAUAACAAUUCAGGAUGAACUAGAAGAUGAUCCAGGUGUGGUAUUAAAGAAAUAUGGCGAAAUGGGGGUAAAGAAAAUUAGAUUUACUGAAGAGGGACUUCCGCUAAUUCCAAAUCUUACUCCUCAACAAUUGUAUGAAGUUUUCGUAAAAAAUUCAGCUAGCACCAAUCAUUGCCUAUGUUUAGAACAAGUUAGCUAA